AUGAGAUCUUUGUGGGCUGCGACUCUGACGUUGAGCGGACUGGCUCUCGGCCAUCCAGCAACAGGCAAGAAUGCCGUUCACGAGUCCGUCAAGCAGCUGCCCCAGGGCUGGCGACACGUCGCUCCGGCCCAUGAUCUCAACACGGUGCGGCUGUCCGUUGCAUUGAAGCAGCCCGGCUUGUCUGAGCUCAAGGCACGUCUCGAGGUCACCAGCGACCCUAACCACUCUGAGUACGGGUCCCAUAUUUCUAGGGACCUUCUGAGAUAUUUCCAACAACCAAGCGCAGACUCUUAUUCCGAAGUGGCAUCGUGGCUUCAGGCCAACGACAUCCACGACUUCGUUCUAGACGGAACCGGGGUUCGCCUAAACACGACUGUUGCUAAGGCGAACCACUUGUUGGACUGUAAGUUCUCCAAGUAUCAGUACAACGACGGGAAGGUGGUUCUCCGGGCCAAGGAGUACAAGCUCCCGGCCCAGCUUUCGGAGCAUGUCGAAUUUGUUUAUCCCGUCACCCAAUUCGUGAGAAUGCCACCGAGACGGGAAAUCAGAAUGCGGAAUACGGGCAAAACAAAGCGCCAGAGCACCAUGCCCGAAAGCUGCUGGUCUUACACUACCCCCGACUGUAUUGUGGACCUAUACAACAUCAAUUACAGCUUGCCAAACGACCAGUCUCCCACUGACUUUGGCAUCGCCGGCUUUAUUGAGCAGUAUCCCAGUGUACCAACCAUGCAAGCAUUCCUAGCAUCGUACAGUCCACUGCGAAACACUACCAACUACUCCUCCAAGUAUAAUCUUACCGUGGAGUCUAUCAACGGUGGCGGGAACACUACGGACGGCAACGGCGUUGAGGCUCUGCUCGAUAUUCAAUACAGCAUGCCGUUCAUACAGCCGAUGAAUGUCACUUACUUCUCAACCGGUGGUCGUGGCCCUAAAAUCGGCGAUGACGGUACAGAGUUGGAUCCCAGUGAGAACACCAACGAGCCUUGGAUCGAAUUCCUGGAAGCCCUUGUUACUCGCGAGACGAUUCCCCACGUCAUCUCCAUCUCUUACACUGACGACGAGCAAUCCAUCCCGUUGUUGUACGCUCGUCGUGUCUGCGACCUCUUCAUGCAAGUCACCGCUCGUGGGGUAUCCGUUAUUAUCGCAAGCGGAGACGGUGGCGCUGCGGGCGCCGUGGGUGGUAGCUGUGUCUCAAACGAUGGCAAGAACACGACAAAGUUCCUCCCGUCGUUUCCUGUAGACUGUCCUUAUGUCACAGGCGUUGGUGCUACGGGAAGCUACGCCCCAACGGAGCCGUCUUGGUACAGCUCUGGUGGAUUCAGCGAGUACUUUGAACGUCCUGCCUGGCAAGAAUCCGCGGCCAAGACAUACAUCGCAGCCAUCAACGGAUCGCACUCUGGCUGGUAUGCACCCCAAGGCCGAGGAAUUCCUGAUAUAUCGGCUAUCGGUUCUCGUUUCUUGAUGCAGCCCGGUUGGACGCAAAAGGGGACUAGUGCUAGCACGCCGGUGGUUGCGGCCAUGAUUGCUCUUGCCAAUGACAAGCGGAUGAGAGAGGGCAAGCCACCGCUGGGUUUCCUUAACCCUCUUUUGUACUCCGAUAAAGUCCGCGCCGCGAUUAAUGAUGUCACGAGUGGCUCAAGUGGCAGUUGCGCCGUUGGUAACGAGGUGGAGAGUGGCUGGUUAGCGACUACUGGGUGGGAUCCGGCAACGGGUCUUGGUACUCUGGACUUUGCCAAAUUUAUCGAGGCACUUGAGUAA